GCUAACCAAUCAGUUUUCUACCGAGGACGGCGACGGGAUAUAGACGUUCGAUCGGCAUUGGGCGGCACACACUAUUAAUUUUUAGGGAAAACGUCGGGCGUUCGGGGUGCCAUUUUUUUGAUCUAUAAUCGACUGCCAUAAAUGACGCAGGAUAGCUUCCCAAGGGGUUCCUCGUCGGAACCGGCUUCUUCAACUGAUCCUGCAAUGUCCCAAAAGAGGAAAAGAAGGAAGUGGGAUCAGCCUGAAGAGACAUUGGUUUCAGCUGGAGCAUGCCAGCCUCCAAUUAUUCCUUUCACAGGCAUUGGAUCUUUUCUUGGUGUUGCACUUCCAGGGCUAGGCCCAGCAAUCAGUGCAACUUUGGCACAACAACACACGCCAAAGAUACAAGACGAGUUGAUUGCAAGAGAGAUUGUCAUAAAUGAUGCUGACUCCGCUGUUCGAUACAAACUCACAAAGCGCCAAACCCAGGAAGAGAUUCAAAAGAUCACAGGUGCAGUGGUAAUAACAAGGGGCAAGUACAGGCUUCCUACUGCACCUCCUGAUGGUGGAAAGCCACUAUAUCUUCACAUUUCUGCUGGAGCACAUUUAGAAACAACAGUAGAGAAGAUCAAAGCAGUUGACCAUGCAGCGUCACUUGUGGAAGAAAUUCUGAAAGAGGGUUCAUCAAGCAAUGGAUUGAAGGCUAAUCCCUCCAUGAGUAUUUGUGUCUAUGUGGGCUUUGAGGUUGAAGCAUCCUUGAACAUUGUUGCUCGUAUCCGAGGACCAAAUGACCAAUAUAUAAAUCACAUUAUGAAUGAAACAGGAGCAACUGUUAUGUUAAGAGGUCAAGGCUCAGAUGGCUCUGAAACUGUACAGGAUACACAUCAACCACUACAUUUGUUCCUAUCAAGCAAUAAUCCAAAAAGUCUUGAGAAUGCAAAACUGUUGGCAGAAAAUCUGUUGGAUACUAUAUCUGCAGAGUUUGGUGCUUCUAGGGUGUCUUCUUCUAAAGUUUAUGGUGCUGUUCCUCCCCCACCACUGCUAUUGGCUGGGAGUAAGAGUUUGGGAGAGGAGUUGGAAGCAAAUACUAUUCAGGAUGCCAAUUUGAAUGCCGCAAGUAUGGGUGUGUCUGUACCAGCAUCUGCUUCUGGUGUGAACAGUAAUGUUUCUAGAGGAAUUGUAUCACAUUUUUUAGGCUCGUUGAAUGUGCUGCCAUCUCAACCACACACAAAUUACUACCCAUGUAUGCCAAUCUCAAGUGGAACAAGCUAUAUGGGUUAUGGUGGGAUUUAUCCCCAAGUCACACCUUUGCAACAAGUUGCCUUAGCACUUAGGCAGUCAAUCUCUGCAACAGCUACAAGCACUCUGGAAACAUCAGCAACAACUGCAAGACCUCUGACUACUAUGACAUCCUCCAUUCAGAAGGAGCGCCCCCCACACAAACGCAAAUUCAGAGAAUUGCCAAUGGGAAAUGCCACAGCAAAUCUGCUUCAGGUAUUAGUGGCUGGAGUCCAAUGACAAUUACCCUUCUAAUACUGUUUGCAACUAGAGUUGAACAGCAUUUAAAUAAAGAGUGUUUUUCCUUUUAGUCUGUCCACAUCGGUCUGCUUAUUAGAUCUUGUGAGUUGUGACACUCCUUUCAUCCAUUGGACUUAUGAAGGCCACCCAUGGAACGAUUGAGAUGCGAAUUAUCAUGCUUUUGUUUUCAAGGCUGUGGAACUAAUAGUAAUCUUUAAUUCAUACUUGUCAUGUCAGUAAUUGCUUGCUUAUAAGACAUGAUUUGUCUGGGGAAUGUAAAAACAGAAGGAAACUUUUGUUCCCCUUUUUUUUUUUACCAAACUAGCAGCUGAAGUUUUUAUUUAAUAGAGUACAUCUUAUAUG